AUGACUUGGGUAGAGCGCUUCAACAGGCGCGUUGCAACCAGCCCUGUGGGGAGGUACUUUCAGUUGGAGUUUUCAGGACACAGAAAGGAGAGGAAGGGAUCACGGUUCUUUACUGAGAUUCGUGCGGGGUUGGCUACGUUUUUUGCUAUGGCUUACAUCAUUUCUGUAAAUGCAAACAUCACUUCACAAUCUGGCGGGACCUGUGUUUGCAAUGCCGGUCCAGACGACCCGAUAUGCGCAAACGAUACUGAUUACCUCCUUUGCGUCGGUGUCGUCAAUCGUGAUCUUGUUACCGCUACUGCUGCUAUCUCCGCUCUCACGUCUUUUUUUAUGGGUCUCGGCGCCAAUAUGCCAAUUGCUUGCGCUCCUGGUAUGGGACUUAACGCUUACUUCGCAUACCAAGUUGUCGGUUUCCACGGCUCUGGCCCAGUCCCCUAUAGUCUUGCUGUAACUGCUGUUUUCGUAGAAGGUUUUAUCUUUGUUGCGCUUUCUAUUUUCGGGAUGCGGCAAUGGCUUGCGAGAGCCAUUCCUGCCUCUAUCAAACUCGCAACAGGAGCAGGAAUUGGUUUAUACUUGGCGCUUAUUGGACUUACCUACUCUGCCGGUAUUGGUGCCGUGACUGGUGCUACCUCAACACCUUUGGAACUUGCCGGAUGUAUUGAUGAGUACAAGAACGCGGAUACAGGAAUGUGUGAAAGUCACAAAUUGCGAAACCCGACCUUGUGGAUUGGUAUUUUCUGUGGCGGAAUCUUCACGGCAUUUUUGAUGAUGUAUAGAGUCAAGGGUGCGAUUAUCGCUGGUAUUGCGUUGGUUUCGAUUAUCAGUUGGCCUAGGGGAACGGAGGUUACCUACUUCCCGUAUACUGAGACUGGGAAUUCCAACUUUGACUUUUUCAAGAAAGUUGUUGCGUUCCACCCGAUUGAAAAGAUUCUUGUUGCCCAGGAGUGGAAUCUGAGUGGUGCUGGAAGCCAAUUUGGUUUGGCCCUCGUCACCUUCCUCUAUGUCGAUAUCCUCGACUGUACUGGUACCCUCUACUCCAUGGCUCAUUUUGCCAACCUCAUCGACGAACGCACCCAAGAUUUCGAGGGCUCAGCCGUCGCCUACCUCGUCGAUGCCAUUGGUGUUUCCAUUGGUUCCCUCUUUGGAUGUCCUCCCGUCACCGCCUACAUUGAAUCCGGAGCUGGUAUCUCAGAAGGUGGAAUGACUGGUAUCACCGCCAUGGUUACUGGUAUCUGCUUCUUUAUCUCUCUCUUCUUUGCACCAAUCUUCGCAUCCAUCCCACCAUGGGCCACAGGGUGCACCCUUAUUAUCGUCGGAAGUAUGAUGAUGAAGGCGGCGGCAGACAUCAACUGGGCCUACCCCGGUGAUGGAAUCCCUGCAUUCGUCACCAUCAUGGUGAUGCCGUUCACAUACUCUAUCGCAUAUGGAUUGAUUGCUGGAAUCAUCACCUAUAUCGUCCUCAAUGUCGGUGUCUGGGUUAUUAAGAAGGCUUCUGGGGGAAGGAUUGUGCCAUACGGCGAGGAGAUGAAAGAUCCGUGGACUUGGAAAAUUCCAGGUUUAGAUACGAGGGCGGAAUCCUCUCCGGUUUAG